GGCGGCGCAUUACUGCCAGUCCAAAGCAGCAGCGGGUACCUGCCGAACCUGUCGGAAGCCCGGAGGCUUUAAUCGGUGCUGUAGGCUGACUGCUUCCAGUCUCGGUUCGGUUCGGUUCGGUUCCAUCAUGAGAGCGGUGUCCUUCAAGCGGGUGGUGCUGAUCACGGGGUGCCUGGGGCUCCUGCUUUGCCUGGGGAUGUUCGUGCGGGACAGGGAUGAGGCCGGGGAGAGGACCGGGAGGCAGCUGGACCCGGACCGGGCCGUCAGGAGCUUCUCCGACCUGGAGCGAAGCCUCAACAACCUCACCAAGUUCCUGAGAGGAUUUGAGCGCAGACAGGAUGUGAUGCAGAAGAUCCUGGAGGAGAACCGAGACACUCAGAGGAAGGUUGCAGACGUCCUGCAGCAGGCCAUGCAGAUCGGGCCGGGUCAGAAGGAGCAGCAGCACAAAGACGCUCCCGCCCCGCAGAAAAAGUCCAACAAAGUGUUCCCUGGAUCGCCCCUGUUCAAGGACUGGGGGGAGAAUCUGUCCGAGAACGAGCAAAAAGAAGCCCAGGCUCUGUUUAAGAAGUACGGAUACAACGUUUUCCUGAGCGAUCGCCUUCCUCUGGACCGACCGCUGCCCGACACCAGAGAAAAAGGGUGUUUGAAGAGGACCUAUGAGAAGGACCUGCCGACGGUGGGAGUGGUGCUGAUCUACCUGGACGAGGCCUUGUCCAUCCUGAAGAGGGCGCUACGCAGCAUCAUCGACCGCACGCCCAAACACCUGCUGAAGGAGAUCAUCAUGGUGGACGACAACAGCUCCAAUGAAAACCUGAAAGGCGACCUUGAUGCGUACGUUAAGUCGCUGGAGGAGGAGAACCCGGGCCUGCGGAUCGCCAGGGUGAGGCACACGGAGCAGAAAGGCCUGGCGCACGCCAGAGUGUCCGGCUGGAGGGCGGCCACCGCCGACGUGGUGGCCAUCUUGGACGCCCACAUCGAAGUCCAUGAGCUGUGGGCCGAACCGCUGCUGACGCAGAUCAAAGCCAACCGGACCACGGUGGUUUCGCCCGUCUUUGACAGGGUGAACUUCGACGACCUGAGGGUCGUCCAGUACCUCCCUGCGGCGCACGCGUUCGACUGGGCGCUGUGGUGCAUGUAUGAGGGCUUCGCUCCCGACUACUACAAGCACGACGACAGCUCCCGACCCGGAAAGAGUCCGUCGGUCAUGGGGAUCCUGGUGGCCGACAGGAAGUUUCUGGGAGAAAUCGGAGUCCUCGACGAAGGAAUGAAAGUUUAUGGUGGAGAAAACGUCGAGCUGGGAAUUCGUGUGAGUAAAUCUAAAAAGUUUGACUCAAGGCGUUACCAGGCUGCAGCGCUUCCUGCUGUUUACAUCCAGAAUCUUAAUGGAUCUCACAAGCCCUACCUGCCGGACCUGUCACCCGCCAUGAAGAGGAACGCCCUGAGGGUCGCCGAGAUCUGGAUGGACGAAUACAAACACAACAUCAACCUGGCCUGGAAUAUUCCCUUCGAGAAUCACGGCAUCGACAUCGGAGACGUUUCCGAGAGGAAGAAACUGAGAGAACGACUGAACUGCAAACCGUUCAAAUGGUACCUGGACAACGUUUACCCCAAACUGGACCCCUGGGACAACCUGCUGGCUUACGGCGCGCUGAAGAACCUGGACUCUGAGUUGUGCAUCGACCAAGGUCCGGUCCCCGGCGACACGCCCAUUUCCUUCAACUGCCAUUACUACGGACCGCAGAUGGCUUAUUACCGUGAAACUGGUGAGAUGUACAUCGGCGGCAUCAAGUCCCACAAGUACAACGACAACCGCUGUCUGACCGACAGAGGGGAGAAGAAAACCGAGCCGGGUCUGUUCAACUGCAAAGAGGCCAUGCAGAAAGGAAUGGGGAUCUACUGGGACUUCAGCCAGGGAAAACAGCUGAAGAACCGUCAGACGAAGCGCUGCCUGGAGAUAGUGAACAAGGUUCUGGUGAUCCAGGAAUGCACCGGCCAGAGCUGGAAGAUCCAGAACCUCAUUAAGGACUUUUAAACCAACCUGAGGAGCAGCUUUCUGCUCAAAGGCCAUUAAAGCUCUAUGCAUAGAAAAUAAUAAUAUAUUUUUAUGAAUUUAUUUUACUGGAUAUGAAAUGAAAUCAUUUUGUAAAUUGGGAGACUAAAUGUUUAUUUUGUUUUCAUAUUGAUAAUGUGAGCAUUGGUGCAUAUAAAACCCAACAAAUCUCCAUUUGCAGCUUUUCUUUUAGUUAACAGCUGGUUUUAAAGGAGAAACCUUCAUUUUCUGCAGCUCUGAGGAACCCGAUGGAAACUUCUGUUACAAAAUGCUGUUAAAGAGAAAAAACAACCAAAAACUGUCUGGAGAGGUUAAAGGUGAAAAUGUUUGUGCUUUAUUACCUGAGAUGAUGUUAAUGAAUAAGAAAUCUGACAUGUUUGUUUCAAAUAACCUUCGAUACUAUGAGAAAUUUAAUCUGGAUUUAUUUUUAUAGAAGCUGUUCCUGACCAGCAACAUUUAAAUGUGUUUUUGUUUUUUUAUAUAGAAAAUAUGUUAAAAUUUAAAAAGUGUGGAGUAGUUUUGGGUUUUUCUUCUGUUCCUGUCUGGUUCAAAAAUAUAUUUUAGUUCUGUGUGAAAAUAAAACUUUAAAAGUUG